GCGGGGCGUCGAGCAGUGACGUCGCGGUUAUCGCAAGCGCAGGUUUACCUUCUACUCCAAGGUCAAUCGGCAGCCUCUCGGUCUCGAUGUCAGUCAGUCGCUGGGCGAUACUUCGGUCGCCGCCACCACUGGAGGUAAAACAAAAACCAACGUCCAACGUGAUAUGAUACCUGUCCCGGACCAGUGACUCGAAGAAGGCCCGUUUUGUUUUUAUAUCGCCGCGAUGGACGAGCCUGGAAGCCAAUUCGCUUCUGGAGACGUCUCCAACAGGAAGCCGUUCGUGAGAGUGCAGAACAACCAGAACGCCGUCGUCCAGCCUCUGCUGACCGAUCUGUACCAGAUCACGAUGGCCUACGCCUACUGGAAGUCGGGACGAGUCAAAGACGUCGCAGUCUUCGAUCUUUUCUUCAGACAGAAUCCGUUCCAAGGGGAAUUCACAAUAUUCGCCGGCCUGGAAGAGUGCCUUAAGUUUCUUCAGAACUUCCAUUACUCGGAUAGUGAUAUAAGUUACCUAAGGUCUACUUUACCUUCGUCAAUAGAAGAGGAAUUUUAUGUGUUUUUGCAAGAAUUGAAUGCAUGUAAUGUAGUUGUAAAUGCGAUCGAAGAGGGUUCAGUCACAUUCCCAAGGGUUCCGCUCAUGCGGGUUGAAGGCCCAUUGAUAGUAGUUCAACUGUUAGAAACUACUUUACUCACGCUUGUUAAUUUUGCCAGUCUUAUGACAACGAAUGCCGCCAGGUAUCGUUUAGCAGCUGGAAAGAAAGUGAGACUUCUAGAAUUCGGUCUUAGACGUGCACAAGGGCCAGACGGAGGUCUUUCAGCUUCCAAGUAUGCUUAUAUAGGGGGAUUUGAUGGUACAAGUAAUGUUUUAGCAGGAAAGAUGUAUAACAUCCCAGUAAAAGGCACUCAUGCUCACGCUUACAUUACAUCCUUCAGCAAUUUCAACGACUUACAAACCAGAAUGUUGGUCGACCGGAACACGGGCGAAGAACGAGACCUUCUUCAGUUGGCGACAAAAUGGAGAGUUCAACUCUCUGAGCUUCUUGAUAUAAUGCCAGACGAAGUGUCAGAUGGUGAACUGGCAGCACUCAUAUCGUUCGCUAUUGCUUUUCCCGAUGGUUUUAUUGCUCUGGUUGAUACUUAUGAUGUUAAAAGGUGUAGUGUGAUAUCUUACAGGAGUGGCCUAAUUAACUUCUGUAGUGUCGCUAUGGCGUUGAAUGAUUUAGGCUACCGUGCGAUUGGAAUUCGUAUUGACAGCGGUGACCUUGCAUACCUUUCGAAUAAAGCAAGAGAAGUUUUCAUAAAAAUUUCUCAUCAAUAUUAUUUAUCAUGGUUUGCUGAUUUACAAAUUAUGGCAUCCAACGAUAUAAAUGAAGACACCAUAUUGAGUUUGAAUGAUCAAAACCAUAAAAUUGAUUGUUUUGCAAUCGGUACACAUUUAGUUACCUGCCAACGUCAACCUGCACUUGGAUGUGUAUAUAAAUUGGUUGAAAUUAACGGAAUACCUAGAAUUAAACUAAGUCAGGAUGUUGCUAAAGUAACAAUGCCAGGAAGAAAAGAUGCUUACAGGCUUUACGGCACUGAUGGUCAUGCACUGAUUGACCUUCUUCAAAGGUCUGUUGAGAGUCCUCCAGAGGUUGGUGUCAGAGUGUUGUGCAGACAUCCGUUUCAGGAGUCAAAGAGAGCUUAUGUCAUACCAACACGUGUCGAACCUCUGUACAAAGAAUACUGGUCCAACGGAAAGAUCAGGACUCCUCUUCCGACCCUUGGUGAAGUGCGACAGCGUGUCCAAACCUCGUUACAAACUCUAAGGCAGGAUCACAAGAGAAAUUUGAAUCCAACUCCUUAUAAGGUACAGUGGUUCCGAAGUUUUCGUAAUGGAGAGAGACGAAUCAAAGACCAGCCCCUUUGUGGAAGACCUAACAUGCUUAAAAGUGACAAUUUAUUAGUGGCAUUGGAGGAUGAGGACAAAUUAACUGCAGCAGGGCUAUCAGAGAGAUUUCAGGUUGCCGUGAGUGAUGACUUGUACUCAUUCAUUCACGACCUUUGGCUUCAGAACGCACCGAUAGGAGAACUUUCCUGAAGAUAGGAGACAAGCACUGAGUAUCUCCAGUGCUCUAACUCGUGUUUUAAACAACAUUUGAUCUAUGGCCUGUCAAUCUGAUUCAGAGGCUCUUUGAAUAAGAAAGAAGGCGUGUGCUGAUUUUGUAGUAUCGUAUUUUAUUUACUGUUUUAUUGUAUACUGUGCAAUUCCAGUGGUACAGGAUGUGCUGAUUUAUGGUGAAGGUUCUAAGUUUUGUUGGCUCCCACAGUCAUAAAUGUUAGUGUCUAAGAAAAUGACAAUACUAUUUUUGUAGAGACUAUUUGUUUAACAAUACCACUCACCAUUUAUUUUAUUUUAAAUUUUUUAACACUAAUCAUGCACUUACUAGAUCAACGGAGAAAUGUUGUAGACAGUUAGAGAAUCUGGGAAAAAAAACGAAUAAGACAAUGUGUUCACCAUAAUAUGUAAUAUAAUAAGAAAAAAUGAAUAGCUUUUGUGAAGCACCUAUCAACACAUUGCUUUUAACCAUGUAUACAUUUAAUGUUUGCCAUGUACAACUUUUUAUACAACUGUUAGUAAUUUUUUUUUAAAUAUUACUAUUAUUAUGAGUUAAAAAAUAUAUGUACAUUAUUAUGUUAUUACUUUUAUCAUCACAUCAUUCACAUUUGUUAAAAAAAGACUUUUCAAUUUUUUUGUGUAAACAUUUGAAUUAAAGAUAAAUGUUUUAACAUUCAAGUGAAGGGAUUUUAAAAAUCACAACAUGUUUAUAAAUAUUUUUGUUUAUUAUGUAUGAAGUUGCUGAAUGUAUACAAAUCGCAUAUUUUGUAUACUUGUGAGCUACUGAAAUUUCUAUUUCUUCCUUGAUAAGUUACAUUUUACAGAUGGCAGUACUGUUUUUAAGUAUGAAUCAUUGAAUUGACAGCCUGAACAUGCUAUUUUUUGUUGUCGACAUGUUGACAUGCAAGGCUAAAAUGAUCUAUGCAAUAAAACAAUUAACUAUUAAUAAAACUAAUAAUUUAUUAACAAAUAUGUAUUACCAAUCUUUAUGACCAUCCUAAUGUUGUAUCCUGUAUGACCAUAAUUCCAUAGUACAACUAUACAAUAAAUUUAUAUAUAUCUUAAACUAAGAAAAAGGAAACUCCUUAGAAUAAAUAUUUUUAUAGAAUUCUGACAUUUUUUUAAUAAAAAAAUCCAAUUCAUUGUUCUGAUUCAUUAGUAAGUUAAUUAUAAUGUAUUAGAAAUUAAUGCAGUGCCUCUGAAUUUUUAUAUAGAAGAUUAAAUAUUUGUAGAUAUUUAACUAUGUAUAUUUGUGCUGCUUGCAAUUUUAUUUUUAUAGUUUUAUAUUACAUGGAAUAUAAAAGACGAUAUACGAUAGGUUUCAACUAUUGUAGCAAUCGGCUCAAUUCUUAAAAAAAAAAAAAAACUAUUUGAAUUUAGAAUUAAUAUACAUUUGGUUUACUUUUAGUUUUAUUUAUAUUUGUGAUUUUAUGUCACCGUGCCAUUUACAAUUAAGUUACCAAAUUUUUUUUUAUCAAAAACUGAUCUGUUGUGUUAAUUAUUGUUGAGUGAGACAAGAUGAAAUAUUUAACAAAAUCAUUCCUUUAUAAUGUUCUGAAAAUAGUUCUGAAAUUGUGAUGUAAAUAAAAUAUUUUUUUUGUUUGUUUAUCUUUUGGGAUAUGUAGAUGUUAUUGUCAUGUAAACUGCACAAAUAAACUAAAAAGUUCUCUGUUUAUUUUUUUA